UCAUUUUGAUGCCAAGCGUCCCCCAUCAAUUUUUAAAAUAAAAGCUGCAUUUGAGUUUAAACUGGUACUUUGCUGCUCCUUGUACAAGGUGCCACGUGGAUGGGCUCAGUGGGUACUCCAUGUUGAAGCCUGUUGUUUAGUAAACAUUGCCAACUUUUGAAGCGGUGUAGCCAGAUGCUAGUCGAGGUAGUGAAACCUGCCCUUGCCCCUAAAGAUUCCAGCCCCCUUUUUUUGCUGGUGACUGUUGGCAUGGUUCAUAAUGCAGUGAUGAAGGUGCUGGUGGGCAAAUAAUCCUAGUUAAUGCCCAGAUAAUGACAGAAGAAAAGCACUUACAUAUUUUUGACAUUUGCCCUCAUUUACUUGUCACCUUGCUGAUCAGAAAGUGAUUUGAAGGGUGCAUCAUGGAUUCAUCAGUUUACACAACAGAGGUUUACACUGUCUAAGCUGCAAUGGCAGCCCGCCAAGCAGACAAUGGUGCUGGCUCGGGCGAGGGCUCGGCUGGUCCGCCCGGCACCCAGCGCGACUCUGCGCGAGCAAGCAGAGGCAGUGCCCGCGCCCGGCGGCACCUCGCACGGCACCCGCUCGAGCCCGGCGCCGGCUUCCGGCCGUGGGGUCGCCUUCAGCCCGGCUGGGAUGCCGGCUUCUACCCGUACCAGGGCCCCGGCGGCGAGUACGACUUCACGUCUGACGCCAUGUGGCCCGGACCCGCCGGCUCCAUGUCGUUCCGCGGUGCUCCGCCGCCGUGGCGCAUUGGCCGCCCGCAGGGAAGGGGCGCUGGUCCCGGGCUCGAGCACCGUGGCAGGGGCUGGACCGCACUGCCGCCACUCGUCCGGAAAUGUGGACCGAAAGAAGUGCUACUCGAGCAGCAGAAGCCCACGGUCGCCAAGAGAAAAAAAUCGAAAACGAAAUCGAAAAAAUCCACCCAGACCGCAAGGUUAACGCCGAGCAAGAGUGACGGCGGCAAUAAAAUGAGACAGAAAUCGCCCAAAUCCAAGACCACGCCCGUGAAAGCCUCGGUUAAGAAGACCGCGUCGCCGAAAGCGGGAAAGAAAGCCCCUGUUCCGGUGAAGUCCGCCGAACAGCUGGCGGAGGAAACGCGCCAAAACGAAAUGAAGGACAAGGCUAACAAGAUCAAGACGCUGCUAAAAAAGGCCAGGCCUGGCUCGGUGCUGACCAAGCAGCGAGACUGGCUGCAAACGCCCGAACAGAAGAGCGCCGAGAGGGCCGCCGGACCGCGCGUGCUGCGGAAUUUCCUCGGUGACCUUGAGUUCUCCUCCAAGGACUGGCAGGCGAUCGGCUCCGGCGGCCUGGCAUCGACUGACACCAGGGAUCUGGUACCGGAGGACGACUCGGACCUGGUGGAGAUCAUCGAGGCGGCGGCGACCGACGUGGCCACCCCUGAGGUCAUCUCGAUCGGCGAGGAUGAGAGUGACGACUCCGGCGAGGAGUCUGACUCGGAGUCGGACAGCGACGGCGCGGCGGACGAGGUGGAAUCGGCGGACGAGGUGGAAGCGGCAGACGAGGUGGAGGCCGCAGAGUCGACUCUCGGUGGCGGGCUACCGGACGGACCGCGGGAUUUCGGCUGGAACUGGCGCGCCGCCCUUCGCUGAGGAUCCGCGCGACACCUCGGUCCUCUCUGAGGAGACUCCGGCUCAGCCGCAGGACGUCAUCAGAGUCAAAACUGAGUCCGUGUCCGAGGACGACGUCGCCGCCUGACCCUGUCACCUCCGGCGGUGUGAGUGCCAGCAGGGUCGCACCGGCGCCUCGGGAUUUCUCUGGGGCGUUUGCCUUCCCCGAGCAUCGCCCUCUCUUCCUGGCGGAAUCUCCUGGCGCCUUGGCCAGAAAGCGCCGCCUCUCCGACAAUCUUACGUCUCCGGAGACGGCUCGCCCGUCGCCGGCCUUCGUCAAACGCGCGCGCUCCUCCUCCGAGUGUUCGUCGCUCUCGGAGAAGCCGGCCACCGACAGGCCCGUCUACCGGCGCCUGCUGCGCAUGGACAAAGAAUCUCUGCGGGCGCUCGUAGACGACCCCAAGUCGACGCGCUCGCGACAUCUGGUGGCGCAGCUGAUGCGCUCGCACCGCAGCCAGCUGGCGCGGCGACUGGAGCAGACACGCUUCGCGGCCGGCGGCGGUGGCGGUUCGCCGACGCGGCCGGGCGAGGAGGAGCUGCCGCUUGAGGUGCUAAGUGAGCUGCGCAGCAUGCUGGCGACGGACGCGGCCGUGGCGGCGGCGGCCGACGGUCCCCGGUGUGUGCCCAGCCCGCUGCCCGCCGGCCUUCUGUCGGUGACGCGUUUCGGCGGACCCGCCGCCCCGCCGGCGCCCCGGCCGGCGUCUGUCACUGCCCCUUCCCCACCCACCGUCCCGCCGCGUGUCUCCAUCCCUCUCCGUGCAUCCGUCCCUCCCCGGACUUCCUCUGCGGCGUCCGCUGCUGAUCGGGGCGCCAUCAGCCCCGCCCUGGACCCGUUGCGCGCCCGCGACCCGUCCCCGGGCGCCGUCCUGCGCUCCUGGCUCGUCUCCGACGCCAGCAGUGUCCCUGCGCCGAACGCGGUCACCACCCGCGGCGCUGCCUCUGCACCGACGCCGGAUUCCGCCUCUACGUCCGCUCCGACGUCCAGUUCGGCUUCCGCGUGCCUGCCGCCGGCUGUCGCCGUCUCGCGGUCGGGAGGGGCCGAGGGGUGUUCCGUGACGGACAGCUCGGCGGCGACUCCCACCGCCACCAGCGCCGUCAACAGUGGAGCGGCGCCGCGGCAGGAUUGCAACCGGUUCUUCUCGCUCUCGGGCAGCGCGGGCCGGGCCGGCUCCGGGGUCAGCUCGGCCCGUGAUCUCCCUCGCUCACCACCGCCCGUGGUGGUCAGCAGGUCAUCAGGCCCGUCGCGACAGAGGGUGCCGCUGACGGCCGGCGAGAUCUUCUCCGGCUCUGGUGCGCCGCGGCGCGGUCCGCUCCCGAACGUGGCGGCGCCGCGCGGCAACUGCGGCGGCCGCCGGCACUGGGAAUGCCGCUCGUGCUUCGCCCAGAGCUGGGUCAACACGUGCCGCAUCUUCCGCCGCCACGUGACCGACAUCGAGAAGGACGUGGACACGCUGUCGGCCACGCUGUCCGGCCGGGAGCCCAGCUGGCAGAACCUGCUGCGGCUCUCGAUGGUCGAGAGCCAGAUCCUCGGCCAGGUGGACGAGAUGGAGGAGCAGGUGCAGAAGCUGCAGGCUGAGAUGCGGCGCAUGCGGCAGAUCAGCCGGCAUCUGCGCGAGGUGCGGCUGAAGAGCAUGAGCUUCGGUAGGGAUGUGCGCACGGACGACUACCGACUGCCGCCGGAGCUGCACGACAGCGACGUGUACAGCUCGCUUCUGGCGCUGGCGCGGCAGAGCGGCAACCAGCUGGUGCUGCAGAUGGCGCCGGGGACGGAGGGCCCGGCGGUCGGCGGGAGCGAGGUGGAGGCGGACGCGGAGGAGGAACCGCGGCUGAGUGUGGCCGACAUGGCCGCCGUCAAGAUGGAGGCUGAGGACGGCGACGAGGCGGGACCAGCCGGGGACGGGGGAAAUGCGGGGGGAUACGAUGGGAGCACAGCUGGAGACGUGUGGAGAACGAGUGGGGACGCGCGCAGGCAGAGUGGUGAUCAGAGGAGAACGUCUGGUGACAAAGAAAGACCGGGUGCAGACGGAGGCACAGCACGUGGUGACGAACGGAGGGCGGUGGAGACGGGGAUGCGGACGGAGGGUGCUGCGCGCCGGAAGGGGGCGGCCAGGUCACGGACGGAGUCGGAGCAGGCCGAGUCGGGCCUGAGCGAUGACGCCGCGCCGGCCUGCCGACGCCUGCUCGAUGAUCUCGGUGUGCCCAUCGUCUCCGUCAAGCUGCACGGGUCGUCUGCUUUCGUGCUGACGGCCGAGAUGGUGCUGCACCGGUACGGCCUGCCCGCCGACGUCACCACGGACGUGCAGGCCCAGGCCACGCUCCGCCUCCCUCUGGCCGCGCCGUCGGCGGCCCGGCCCCGGCCACGGCCCACCUGUAUGCUGGUGAAGCAGGUCGGCAGCCACGCGCACGUGCUGGUGGGCGACGACCAGGGCGGCCUGAGCCUCGUCCGAGACGCGCCGACCUCGGCGCGGUGCAAGAUCCGGACGCUGCAGGUCGGGGAGAGAAUCAGCUCCCUGGCCAGCAAGGGGGAGCGGCUGUACAUCGGCGGAGAAGCCUUCUUCGCCAUCGUCAGCUUCAAGCACCUGAUCGCGCUCGACGCACCGCCGGAGACGCCGCUGCAGCUGUGGCCGCCAGGGCGCGUGCUGCUUCACUGGCGCGCCACCGUCGGCGACGUGGUCAGCCUGAGCCCGUUCCACCAGCUGAGCGGCGACCAGGUGGCGCUGUGCCUGCCUGGCCUGCCGCUCGAAAUCAGGGACGGCCUGGACGGCGAGCUGCUCGAGUCGUCAGGACCGUGCGCCGCCGAGCGGCCCUGCCUGCUGGUCACUCGCUGGGGCCACGCCAUCUACGCCGUCCGCACGGCGGCCAACUCGGCCGCCAACGCCGCCACCACCUCGCUCUGCGCCGUCGAUCUGGAGGGUCUGUCGUGUGCCGGCGGCUGCUGGCGUCUCCGGCAGCCGGUGACGGCGGCCGACGCCGGCGGCAGUCACCUGUUCCUGGGCCUCCAGGACGGCGGGCUGCGGCUCAUGCAGGCCCUGGGUCAGGGCGGGACCGGGUCGUCACCGUUCGGCCUGCGUUCGGUGCAGCAGCUGCGCAGCGCCGGCGCCGCCCCGCUGCGGGCGCUCAGCGUGCGCAACGGCAAGGUGGUGACGGGCUCGGCGGCCGGCCUGGUCGAGCUGUUCGUCGUGCCGGGCACCUGAGCGGCUCCCGUCCGCACCAGCCGGACCGACACGGCAGGAGGGCCUCCCGACCUCCGGAGUCACGGCGUGGCCGCAAGCGGAGGGAGAGUGGGCGACGCGGGAGUAGUGGGCGGGGUGAUGGCGGCCCGAGGACCGCAGCGAAGCGCGGGUUGUAUGGGGAUCGGUGCGCUGCCUUUGAGCAGCGCCCU